GUUGGCGGGCAGCAGCACCCCAUGCCCGAUGGCAGACGACAAGCAGACAAGUGUGCACGUUGUGCCGAUCCUGGAAGAGCCCGAUGAGCCCAUCAACUUGGACCAUAUUGCGCACACGUUGCAUCACACCGAGUCGAGUCCACUGUUUCCUCAGUGGCUCGUCGAACGCAAGGAUUUUCAAACGUACUUUCCCCGAUUUGGCUCGCGGGCGUUGAGCGAAGACGAAAAGCUACGAAUGGCGGCCCAAAAAGAACCCGAUAAACGCAAUGGGAUCGACAUUCAGCUCCUGUCCAAGUGGUUGCUCCAUGUUCCGUCGCUGCGCGCGCUCAACGUAAUGCAAGCCGCUGAGAUCGCCAAACGCAUGCGAUGGGCGUCGUUCGCGGCGAAUCAAGUAAUAUUCAGGAAGGGCGACGUCGGGGAUGCAUGCUACAUCAUCGUGAAUGGUCAAGUCGACAUCGUGGUGCAUGGCGACCGGGUUGGCCGACUAGUGAAAGGGAUGAACUUUGGAGAGGUCGCGCUCGAACAAGAAGACGCGCUUCGCACGGCGGACAUUCAAGUCACAGACGCAGGCCCCGCGGACUUGCUCCUCAUCCGUGCCGAAGACUACCACAAGAAUGUGUACCGGUACCAGUCGAAGCGUCGGAAAAAGCUCACAAAGUGGCUGCGCACGGAAGUCUCGAUCUUUCGCGACUUUUCCGACAACAAGCUGCGGUACUUUGAGUCCGUCUCCGUCGAUUUGUUCCUACAUCCCGGCAACUGCGUGUACAUGGAGGGCGAGGCCGUGGGAGCGCUCUACAUCGUCAAGUCCGGCGUGAUCUCCCUGGAGAAGAACGUGCUAUUCGAAACCAAACACCGACGGCCCACUGGCAUCAAGUCGUGGGCGGUCCAAUCCCACAAAACACACAUCCAAGUCCCAAGCUACACUGUCGAGUCGGCGGGGUGUUUUGGCAUGGAGUACUUUGUCAAGAUCCCGACGCGGGCGCAUACUGCCGUCGUGAAGGCCGAGACGCACUUGGUGGUCAUCAAUAAAAUCGACUGCGCGUCAACCGUCCACUCGUUCAGCGUCAAAGCAAUCGACAAACUCAGCGAACGGUACCGGACAAUCUGGAAUGCUACGCUCCAGUCCACAACGGCGCAAGUGCGUGCAUACCAGAGAGCACAGAAGAUCUCGAGGGGGUACUCACCAGGGAAUCAAGCCCCGAUCACGAUCAACCAAAAGCACCCGAUGUCACAAGAACCCCACCCGAACAUGCAAUUUCCGUCGCUCUCGCGAAGCGUGUGGACGGCGGCGAACGACGUGGUGGCCAAGGCUCAAGAUCGCUGCUACAGCCCAACCCUUGCACUAAGUCGAUCGCUUUCAACCCCGGUUCUAGGCAGUCGAAGCUUUGGGACCACCCCUUCGUCCACUAUCCCGAUUGCAACCACCAGCAACAACGAAAGCGAACUCCCUCGUCUUCAAAGUCCAUAAACAU